AUGUACAGCUUCAAUACUCUCCGACUCUACCUUUGGGAGACCAUUGUAUUCUUCAGCCUUGCUGCUUCCAAGGAGGCUGAAGCUGCCCGCUCCGCACCCAAGCCUAUGUCACCCUCGGAUUUCCUGGAUAAGCUAAUGGGGAGAACCUCUGGAUAUGAUGCCAGGAUCAGGCCCAAUUUUAAAGGUCCCCCGGUGAAUGUGAGCUGCAACAUUUUCAUCAACAGCUUUGGUUCCAUUGCUGAGACAACCAUGGACUAUCGGGUCAACAUUUUCCUGCGGCAACAGUGGAAUGACCCCCGCCUGGCCUAUAAUGAAUACCCCGAUGACUCUCUGGACCUGGACCCAUCUAUGCUGGAUUCCAUCUGGAAACCUGAUCUGUUCUUCGCCAAUGAGAAAGGGGCUCACUUCCAUGAGAUCACCACAGACAACAAACUGCUAAGGAUCUCCCGGAAUGGAAAUGUCCUCUACAGCAUCAGAAUCACCCUGACACUGGCCUGCCCCAUGGACUUGAAGAAUUUCCCCAUGGACGUCCAGACAUGUAUCAUGCAACUGGAAAGCUUUGGAUAUACCAUGAAUGACCUCAUCUUUGAGUGGCAGGAGCAGGGAGCUGUGCAGGUGGCAGAUGGACUAACUCUGCCCCAGUUUAUCCUGAAGGAAGAGAAGGACUUGAGAUACUGUACCAAGCAUUACAACACAGGUAAAUUCACCUGCAUUGAGGCCCGGUUCCACUUGGAGCGGCAGAUGGGCUACUACUUGAUCCAGAUGUACAUUCCCAGCCUGCUCAUUGUCAUCCUCUCAUGGAUUUCCUUCUGGAUCAACAUGGAUGCUGCACCUGCCCGUGUGGGCCUGGGCAUCACCACUGUGCUCACCAUGACCACCCAGAGUUCUGGCUCCCGAGCAUCCCUGCCCAAGGUGUCCUAUGUGAAAGCCAUUGACAUUUGGAUGGCAGUUUGCCUGCUCUUCGUGUUCUCAGCCCUGCUGGAAUACGCUGCUGUUAACUUUGUGUCUCGGCAACACAAAGAGCUGCUCCGAUUCAGGAGGAAGAGGAGACAUCACAAGAGCCCCAUGUUGAAUCUAUUCCAGGAGGAUGAGGCCGGAGAGGGCCGCUUCAACUUCUCUGCCUAUGGGAUGGGCCCAGCCUGUCUUCAGGCCAAGGAUGGCAUCUCAGUCAAGGGCGCCAACAACAACACCACCACCAACCCCCCUCCUGCACCAUCUAAGUCCCCAGAGGAGAUGCGAAAACUCUUCAUCCAGAGGGCCAAGAAGAUCGACAAAAUAUCCCGCAUUGGCUUCCCCAUGGCCUUCCUCAUCUUUAACAUGUUCUACUGGAUCAUCUACAAGAUUGUCCGUAGAGAGGAUGUCCACAACCAGUGA